GUGAACCGGACUCAGCAAACACCUGCUCUUUCAGGAGCGCUAACAGUGCUAAAGGGGGCAGUGUCGGCGGCAGCACAGCAGCGUCUCUUCCAACUGAAGACUUCACUCAAAGGCGGCGGCGGGCGGCGGGGCUUCUCGCUCCGGCAGCGGCGGCGACAGCGGUGGCGGCUUCCGGAGUCCCGCCGCGAAGAUGCUCAAAGUCACGGUGCCCUCGUGCUCCGCCUCGUCCUGCUCUUCGGUCACCGCCAGUGUGGCCCCGGGGGCCGGGAGCCUCGUCCCGGAUUACUGGAUCGAAGGUUCCAACAGAGAUGCUUUGAGCGAUUUCUUCGAGGUGGAGUCAGAGCUGGGACGGGGUGCUACAUCCAUUGUGUACAGAUGCAAACAGAAGGGGACCCAGAAGCCUUAUGCUCUCAAAGUGUUAAAGAAAACAGUGGACAAAAAAAUUGUAAGAACUGAGAUAGGAGUUCUUCUUCGCCUCUCACAUCCAAACAUUAUAAAACUUAAAGAGAUAUUUGAAACCCCUACAGAAAUCAGUCUGGUCCUAGAACUGGUCACGGGAGGAGAACUGUUUGACAGGAUUGUGGAGAAGGGAUAUUAUAGUGAACGAGAUGCUGCAGAUGCUGUUAAACAAAUCCUGGAGGCAGUUGCUUACCUACAUGAAAAUGGGAUUGUCCAUCGUGAUCUCAAACCAGAGAAUCUUCUCUAUGCAACUCCAGCCCCAGAUGCACCACUCAAAAUCGCUGAUUUCGGACUCUCUAAAAUUGUGGAACAUCAAGUACUCAUGAAGACAGUGUGUGGAACCCCAGGGUACUGCGCACCUGAAAUUCUUAGAGGCUGUGCCUAUGGACCUGAGGUGGACAUGUGGUCUGUAGGAAUAAUCACCUACAUCUUACUUUGUGGAUUUGAACCAUUCUAUGAUGAAAGAGGUGAUCAGUUCAUGUUCAGGAGAAUUCUGAAUUGUGAAUACUACUUUAUCUCCCCCUGGUGGGAUGAAGUAUCUCUAAAUGCCAAGGACCUGGUCAGAAAACUAAUUGUUUUGGAUCCUAAGAAACGGCUGACUACCUUCCAAGCUCUCCAGCACCCAUGGGUCACAGGUAAAGCAGCCAAUUUUGUACACAUGGAUACUGCUCAAAAGAAGCUCCAAGAAUUCAAUGCCCGGCGCAAGCUUAAGGCAGCAGUGAAGGCCGUAGUGGCCUCUUCCCGGCUGGGCAGUGCUGGCAGCAGCCACGGCAGCAUCCAAGAGAGCCAGAAGGCCAGCCAAGCGCCAGCUCUGACCCAGGAUGGCAGUGAAGAUGUUAAAGCUAUUUCGGAAGGAGAGAAAGCUCAAGGAGGUGGGGCCCAGGUGGCAGUUGACGGGGCAGAGGCUGAGCUGAUGAAGGUACAGGCUGUAGGGGAAGUUAAAGAUGCGGAUAGAAAGGCUACCAACAUGGUGUCCAAGGCACUAGAGGAUGGGAUAAAGCCGGUUGCCCCGGAAAUAGAUGAGGGCCUAGUAGAGGAGAAGCUGAAGACCAUGGAGGAAGCAGCAGUCCCCAAAGAAGUGCAAGAAAACCCGGCUCUGGGAUUUGGAGCUCAGCAGAAUGACGUGGUCCUGCCAGAAUACUGAUUUGGCUUCUUUCCAAACUGGAAGCCAAAUUCUGGCACUUUAUGCAUUUUGUCCUUCAGCAAGGAAGGUGUGGAAGCAUGAUAUGCACUAUAGUGAUUCUGUUUUUUGAGGUGCAAAAAAAUAAUACAUAUCUAUCAGUUGGUAAUCCUAAAUUCAUGCAUGUGACUGCUUUAUGAAAAAAUAGUGUCUUCUAUGGUAUGUAAUGGAUACCUAAUGCCGAGGAGUUAAAUUUGAAAUUGCAAGUAAACACAACAUUUAAAAACAUACAUGUUCAGGGACCAGUAGCACACGUUGAAGUAACUAGUAAAUUGUUUUUGCUUUGAAAACCUAGUCAUCAUAAUCCUUUGGAUUUCUUCAUAAAGCAGUAAUUCCUUUGGACUCUUGCUUAACUAAUAUUAGGUAGUGCUCUAAGACGUGUUCCCAUGGCAUUCACAGCAUUAUACUUUUCAAUGUGCUCAAACUGUCCAAUGUGUUCAAACUGUUUACAAGGAGAUGGUUACAGGUUAGUUUUAUGAUACAUACAAAAAAAAAAAAAUUCCCACUUAAAAUGGUAAGAAAUUGAAGCAUACGUAAGGGCCGUGAAACAAAAUGCCCUUAAAGCUUGUGUAGAGAAUGCUUUCUUAUUUUGUCCUUAUUUAUACACACUGUAUUACUAAUAACCAAAAAUGUUCUAUCACAAAAUCCUGCCAUUUUACAAUCCUGGAGAAAGCAUUUUACAAACUCAUGCUGAGGGAUGUACUGCUUCCUUCCCCUGCUAAUACAGUUUCUUUCUCAUGGACAACACUUAAGGUGGGCUAAAGAAAUCGAGGGAAGAAAAGGAGCUAAGCGCUGGACUUACUCUCACAAAGGUUGACUGCUUGUCAUUUUCAGAUAAAAUUGGAUUUAUUCAUGAGUUUCUACAACUUUAAAGACAGUGACCUUUUUAUGGAUAAACUCUACUAUUACCAAGUUUCAUAUAUUUAGAAAAAUCUACCCCAUAGGCUGGUGCCAGAAUGUCUGAAAAGAGUGAGAAUAAUAUUCCAUUAUAAGAUCGUUCAUUAUUGAUUUUACUAGAUUAAGGAACCUUGUUUAUGAAAGUCCUUUUUUCCUUCAAUUGCUGGUUAUCUAGAUAUAUUGCUUAUGAACUAAAGAUAUUUCUGAAAAUCUGUCAUAUUUUUUUUUCAUGCUUGGAAUAGAAGUGCCCAAAUUUUACAAUGUAGUUUUUAGUUUCCAUGCCAAGAAAUUUAGGACAGUGCAACGUUUUGUUUACCUUAAAAAAAAAAAAUGAAAAGAAAGCACUGAUUUCAAAUCAGACUCAUGAGAAGCUGUAACAUUAGACCUAAUACUUCACCAUAAUGUUUUUUCAAAGUAUUUUUCUUUGAUUUUCAUAUGAACACUUUCCCCCUAUAGAAAUCACACUUAAAUUCCAAGUACCUCGUAUUUAUUUCUAGUUUGAGUUGAAGUGAACGUUUUUAUCGAUUUAUGCCUCAUUUUAAGUUUUCCUCAGUUUUAAAAAAGGAUUGUUCUCAAAGACCAAAACGACAGUAAAAAUGACUGUCACAGAAAAGUCCUCAUCUAAAAAGAUCUUAAAUUCUUUUGGCUCUUUCUCAAAACUAUGAAAUUGGAAAACGAAAUUAAAUCUCCGGUUCCUGGGGGGGCUACUGGACCUUGGGAGACAUUCUGCUUUCCAAGUGCAAAUCUUCCUUUACUACUAUUCUCAUGAAAAGAAAACAAGGUAGGACUUCUCAUCACCCAUAGUUUAGGGGCCUGGCAGGUCAUCAACAUGGACAGAGGAAAAAGCCCUUAAGGGCACAUCAUCUGGGCUCAGAAGAAUAUUUUUUGUUUUGAUUUAUUUUUAUUAGCUAGUAGAGAGUACUUGUCCACUUCCCCCAUUUCUUUCCUUCCCUCUUUAUCCUCUCUCAGAAUUUCCAUGUUAGUAAUUGUAAAGGGCUCACUAUUUUUAACCUUUAAGAAUGCCUUUUUCACUAAGCAUUAACAUUUCCAUGUAAGAAGAUCAAUUGCCUGGUGUACUUUUCCUAAUGAGACUUAACAGGCAUACAGGGUAAGUGUCCCAUAUAUUGGAAAAGGAAAGAAGAGAGGGAAAUGGAUUGUCUUAGAAGUGGCAAUUAGUUGGAAGAUCAGUACAUACUGCCCCUCCUGGCCCACCCCCACACUGUUCCAAGGGCGGGCAGUUGUCCUAUCAUUCCAUCGCUCAGGCCUGACUGCACCGCGGGGCCCUGUGUAGCAGGAGCCGUGAAGAAAGACAAUCUUGAAUUAUUUUCCCAUUUUAAAAAAGUCUAAUUGGAAUCCUACUGGUUUUUUCAAAACUAAAAGAGCUCAUUUAUCCCACAAGUACAUAAAUGAGGUAGAAAUUAGAAUGAUUGUAGAAGUUAUCCUCUAGAACAAGUGCUGUUACUCCAUUGUAUAAUCAAUAUGAAAACUUAAUGAGAUAUUUUGAAUUUUGAAUUUUUAUACUAAGUUUUCAAAAUCAGGAGUAUAUGUUAUACCUUUAGUACAUCAAGUGCUCAAUAGCCACAUGUGGCUAGUGGCUAAUGUAUUGGAACGAAACUGUUCUGCAGUACUUCUUAAGCAAAAUGACCCAUGGAUUCCUAUGCUUGGAUUUGAGCUGCUUCAGUUUCACAUGAUGAGCCUAGGAGGCCAAACAGAAAAUGGUUCAAAAGUGUCAUAGACUAAAAUAAGUAAAAACUCUUGGCCACAUCUGCUUAAUCAUGUGCUUCAAAGGGAUGUUUCCCAGCAUGACUUUUAGAAAACAGUCCUUUCCUGGGCAUCGCAACACUGUCUGUUGGCCAUAGUCCCUCGAAUCCCUCUUUGGGCCCUGGAAUCUUGACCACCGGCUAGAGUCUCCUGAGCACUGUCAUAAAGUCAGUAGUAUUCUUGUGUAUGAAAACUUACUGUGAGCCAACCGUGGGUCCCCGUUCGGGAGGGACUGCACAAAAAAUGUUAAUAGGAUUUUGUAGGGCUAGACUAAGCUGGGCAUCAUUUUUUAACAAGCAAUUUUUCUUUCUACAAAUCUACUGAAACAUACUAAAUUUACUAAAUGAGGGUGAUGAUAUCAUCCCAGUAACCCCCAAAAUGGGAAUGACCACUGGCUGGCAUUUUUUAGAUUUCCUUAGAACGAUUUAAUCAACACUGCCAUUAUACAUGGAUUCAAAAGACUUAGAAUGUUCUUACAUACUGCUAUUUUAGAGUAAUCCUCAAGGUUCUAUAGCCAUUUUUAGUGGCAAACUUAAAAAAGAAAGGAAUAACUUGCCUUUUACUGUGACCUCAAUUACAUAGUAUCUUAAGCAUAUUUUGUAAUUUAGAAUGUCUAGCAACCCCUAUUUCCAGUUUCACAUGCAAGGUAACUGCUGGUGGGCUGCCUACAAACCGAAGAUUUAGAGAGAGCCAUUUUGUCUCAUAAUUCCGUUUUUAUUUCACAGAAGCAUCUGGUUGCAUUUCAAAUUGGAAAAGAGAAGUAAAUGCCAGAAAAGGCAAAGAAUAAAAUUAGUAAAACAUUUAUUCGAUUUUAGGAUUGUUCUUGCAAAGCAAAUGAAAAAAGAAAAAAAAAAGAAAAGUCAAUGAAGUGAAUCAGCACUAGGUUUUUCUGGAUGAAGGUUGACUUCACAUAAAAUUGAAAUAAAUAUACUGAGCAGAGUCAUUUACAUAACUACAGUGCCAUUAUGUAAUUUACUUGUCAUUGCAGAGUAUUCAGUCUGGUUAUGUAGGUCUUCUUUAGAUGGUGCAAAGUUUCCAGACAUUUGCCUACAUAAUAGGAUUUGUAAUAUCCUUGCAAUUACUAUCUAUUAGGUCAUAUUCCAAUUUCCUUAAUGUUCAUCAUGGAUAUGUUCCUCAUAUUAGGGUCAUUGCUAACAUCUGAGCAUUUACUGGUUAAGUACUGCUUAAUGGCUAGACUCUAUGUAUGUCAUCUGUGUUUUUUAAAAACAUUUAUGUGCAUGUAAACACAAUAUUGGCAUUAUAAUAUUCAUAAGCAUAUGAUAAGCAGAAAUGUACCCAAUAACUUUCUAUACAUUUUUUUCAAAGUUCUUUUCUUCCCCUGGCACAACUCAGGGUGAGUUUCUGGCUCCUUGACAAAUAAGGAAAAAAAAAAGACCACUGGAGAGAUACCAGCUACCCACCAUGUUUACCAAGCUCAGCAUUUCCUCCUUCUACAUUUUGAUCUACUAAGGGCCAGUUUUUGUCAUUAUUACUCCGUUCAAACAUCACCUGAGAUCAGAUAAUAUAAUCUCAGCUCACAAAGCCCAACCAUUUAUAUACUUACCUUGGAGAGCAAUAACAAACUUGACUAAUUUAUGUUGGCUUGUUUAAAAUUCCAGUUUUCAUAAAUGUUUGUGAUAUAUUCUAGAGGAUUUGAUUGCAUGAUUUUAACUUCUUUCAAGAAUCAGCCUUUUCCCUUUCACGUGGCCCAGAGGUCCACAUAGAGCAAGAUGGAAGCCUUGAAUGAGAGCGGACCAUCUGACUCCUUUGCAGGAAUCAGACAUUGUUCAGAAGACUCCAGGUGUGUCUGACCUGGUUGAGCUCAGAUGAGCCAAAUGGAAAGAAACCUCUUCCCAUGCUCUGACUGAAAGUGAUGUUAUUUGAAUAUUGGUAUAUUCCCGUUAUUCGGUAAUGAAAAAAUGGGACUCCACCAGUCAGUUACUCUUUCCCGUGUCUUGGUUUGCUAACACCUUUCCCAAAUCAAUGUUUUGUUCCAUCCUUCUGGCCAUCAGGUUGCCCUCUCAGCUUGUGAGAUCUUCUAAAACCCUGGAAGGAGGAUCCCGGACUUGUUGGAGAAAUGCGGGGCCCUUGGUGGCCCAGAGUUUAGUUUGAAACUAAACAAUAAUGCUAAGGCUACAAAAUCAUGCUUGUUCAUUUAAUAGGUGUUUUCAGCACAUUUUGAAGAUUGACCUGGAAAACCCAUGGAUAUGGAAUGGUUACAUCUGUGUAAUCUUUGCUAUGACUCAUUGUUUAAAAUGACAGGUAUUUCAUCUUCAGUCAGUUGAAAAUAAUAUUUAUUUUCCAUUUAAAAGAUUAUUUGGGGGCACUCAAAUACAAUAGGCUUCACAUUCGAAUUUUUGAAAACUGUUGUUUUCCCCAAGUGCUCUCACUCUCUGACAAUCAGUUGUGGAUAAAAAUUUAUUAGGUUAGUCCUUUCUUUGUCCUUUCCGUGAACCAUGUAUAGUAGUUCAUCUGGUUUGUAAAGGAUGUAAGUAUCACUAUAAAUUGAAAACUGUCAUCUUAUAACUGCCUCCUGUUAACCGGACCUAUUUUAUCGCCUAUCAUGCAGCGACUCACGGUAGCAUAAGGUACAAAUAGCAUAUUCAUGAGCGAUGAUUUUUACUUUUUAUUGUCAAGGUUAUUACUUGCGUUAGAAGUUCUCAAGGUGUUUCUCUUCGUACACCCUUAGUCUCAGUAUUAUUUUCAUGGUCCUCCCAAAGCCAAAAAAUUUAUCUAACAUGUCCAUUUACUAAGUAGUUAGGCCCAAACAACACAAUAGUAGUAUUGCAUUCCAUAUCUGAUAGAUGUGGCUGUGUUUCCCUGGAAAUUUUAAAAUUUCUUGUGAGUUCACUGAGUGGCAAUAGCUGACAGGGGUUUAAGUAAUUCCUUAUGCCCAGUGAACUAAGGGUAUCAGGCAAAGGGUAUUAUUACUAGUACAUGAGUUAGAAGUUACUGUUUAUACUUUCUUAUUUGAAUAUCAAUCAUUCUUUUAUCUAUGGUUUUUAUGAUAUACAUAUAAAACUUAUAUGCACAUUUUUUAAAAAGCAAUUUCCCCCUCAUUACCCAAGGAAAUACAUUUAAAUCUCCAAAGAACAAUUUUCGGGAAUCAGGCAAACCAUGGUUCAUAGACCAAAUCCACCAGAGGCCUGUUUUUAUAAAUAAAGUUUUUAUUAGAACACGACCAUGCUCAUUUAUUUAUAUAUUGUCUGGUUGCUUUCACACUACUAGGACAGAGUUGAGAAGUUUCAACAGAGACUGAACCGGAUGGCCCAUCAAAGCCUAAAAUGUUUAUCUGACUCUCUACAGAAGAAAAAAAAAAAAAAGACCCUGGUCUUUCAUGGCACCCCAUGUUUUUUUGCUGACAUCUAGGAAUAUAGAUUCCCAUAGUUUCCUCUACUUAGCUUAAGGUUCUUAUUUCCCAGAGGAAGCUAGGAGAGCUUUGUUUCUGUUGCAGAUGGUCUCACAACAAUAAUUGUGCUGUAUAUACAACUUAACAGUGAAAUAUCCCUACAGAAUUAAAAAUUCCAAAUUGCAUCAUUCCUGAAAAAAGAAAUUUAGAGUAUGAAUUGACCUGGUUAAGAGAGGGGAAUUAAAAAGUUUUCUAGCAUUUUGAGCAUGUUUUAGAAAUUUGAUCUUUAUAUUUAAAAUCAUGUAAAUGAUAUCUUACACUGAUAUUUGCUCAUAUUUAAGUCAAUCUUCAGCUGUUACUUUAGUAAACUAAGAAAUAAGAGAGCCCUUUGGUUCUGAAUCCUUCAGAAUGUUCUUAAGUAAUUUAUAUCAACUGGAUUUUCAUUUAAUCAUUUUUAGGAAAUAAUAUAUUAUGUGGCUUUCAAUGACCAUGGUGGGCUCAUCAGUAGCUGAGGGGCAGGCAAACGGCCAAUUCUUUAACGUAAGGAAGCAACUUUCCAAUCCCCAGUCUCAGGGAUCUUCUGAGAGAUACUUCAUUUCUUCGAAAAGAGAGGGCCUUGAAUAAAUGCUUGCUUUUACUUUUCUUACAUAUUUAGAAAUCCAAGAAGGGCCCUUCUCUUAGUCUAUUUCUGUCACAGAGAAAUGAUUCAUUCCACAAUAUCUGCCUUAAGGGAAGCAGGUAACCCAGAUAUUGAGAAAUGUAGGCAUGCAUGUUGACUUUGAACAUCUGUAGCCAAAAGGUUACAAAUGAGGUAUUGCAUAGAAAAGCUAUUAUCAGCUUAUUAUUAGGAAUAUCUAAAAUGAUAUCAUGACUCUAACUAAAUAAUAUGCUGUUUUCUUUAAACUGUUGCAGUAAUUAAUAAUAGGAUGUACCACUGGGAUACACUAUAGAACUCAGGGAAAAAAAGAGGUGAAUUGUCUGCUGCUUCCUCACAGUUCCUGUGUGUAAGAAGGAGACUUUACUGGAAUGGGACAGGGAAGAGUUAAAACCAUGAGGAUUCUGUGCUCCCACCUGCCCAUCUUUAUUGAUGGGUCAGAGCUUGAAGGCAGUUGUUAAGACUUAAAUUCACAUUUCUACAUUUCUCUCAAUAAUUGGGUCACCUGCUUCCCUUAGAAAUUAGAAAUGAAUAGACCAUAGUCAACAGCUAAGUUUCCUCUCAGAACCAGACAUUAAACAGUAGUACUAGUUUAGGGGAUAUUAGACCUACAUCACAAGCACACUUUAAGGAAAUGAUGUGCCAAUUUUGAAGCUUCUCAGUAUUUCCCAGGCACCCAUUUUCUCUGUAAACUUUCACUGAGAAACAGUUGUGUACGAUGAAGGAGUUCAGAGAUGAAUUAAGCCCAGUGAGCUCCCCUCUAGGAGUGAGCUUUGCAGUUGGGAGAGAAAAAACAGGGGUACAGACACAGCCCAUGCUAAAUCUAAUCCAUCCUCUAGGGAUGGAAAGAAGGAGAAACUCCCUUCUGCCUGUAAUGAUGAUCUAGCAAAGCUUCAUGGGAGCACAGGCUGGAUUUGAAGGAUGGGGAGAAUCUUUGCAGGGAGGGAGGAAGAAGGGGGCAGGUCUGGCUGAGAAGUCUACAGAGCGGAGAAAUGCCAGGCCCAGUGGUGAAGGAGCAACACCUGCGUGAAAGGCUAACCUCUACAGGGAAAUGUUACUAAGUCUGCAGAAAAGCCUGGGAUCUUGUGCAAAGUUUAAAUUAGACAGACCUCCUUUCUUAUUCUGGGUAGGUAAGUGUGCAGCAUUUCCUCAGAGCAUCUAGCCCUCUGGGAUCUCCUACAUGGAGCUUGGCUAAUUCGGUGCAUUCCUAAGUAGAAUUAAAAAAACACCCAACACAUCAAAGACAUUUUUUCAAGUCACCUGUUGAAGCAAAGCCUCUGUCACUAAAAGCAAAAACUGCACUGGCGAGGUCUCCACUGACAAAGCAGAGUAAACAAUGAGUGAUUUCUGAGUAAGCUUUGCAGAACUCCAGUAUCUGAAUAACUCCCUGGGACUCUAGAAAAUCACCUAACCACUUGCUGAAGUUUUGCCAGUAGAGGCCCACGUCAAGGUUCCUUCUGUCAUAGUUAUUUUCACCUUUAAGUUAUCAGACCUGAAAGGGCGAUCCCCACUGGGAUAAAUCAUCCUGAACGUUUAGACUUCAAGACAGCUUGUAAUAAAAAGUUAAAUCUCAGACAACAAGAUGUGAAAUUUUCACAACUGCAUUCCCCAGACAUCAAGCUGGUCCUGUCAAGGUCUCUCUUCUACCUCCCCCUCCCCUCUGGUUCUUUACACAGCCUUCUAUAAAUCCCUUUUUCUAUCACUCAUGGCAGGCAGUAUUUGACCUCCAAGAAACUUACUUUUAAAAAAAAUAUUUACCCACUAGAGUCAGAUUACACGAUAUCUAUCCUUCUAGUGGUCUUGCCACUUGGCUUGUCUCAGAUUCUGUCUGUGAGUAGUGAAUGACUGCAGGACUGCUCAGGGCCAAUGAAACAACAAAGGUUGGGACAAAGAAGGGACAAACGUUGACCAUGAUCCAAGCGAUGGACAAGCAGCAAAGGCAGAUACUGUCUUAAGAGAUACGAAGAGAAGCUAAGAGCUACUGUGAGUGCACAGAAAACCCAAGUUAGCAGGCAUUGAGAAAGGAAUACUUCCAGGGUUUUUCAGGCUUGUGAAAUGAGCUGGUAUGUCUUGUCUCGUUUUUCCUAGAGGAACAAUUUGUAUUUCGCGGUUGUUGAAAGUUUCCUGGACUCAAGGGACAUAAGCUCAGAGCAGCAUGGAGGAUUCGAUUGAUGGGAUACCGUUAUAUACAGGGAAUCUACGUGUCCAAUAGUUUAGACUGCUAUUAGCUAGAAACAAGCGCAUGUAGGAUACAGUAUAGAAAUUUCAGUUUACACAGCCAAGGUCACAGGCCGCCUUCCCGAUGUCUGACUGCAAAGUACUGCAAAAGGAGCUGUGAACAUUUCAUUUCUAAAAUCUGUCAAAAUGGUGCUAUUGACUCCUUCAUACAGAGAUCUAUUACAAUAUUUUUUAGAUAAACAUGUAAGCUGACCUAGGCCAUAAUGUAAAUACAGAAAAUGUUUGUAGAGAAUUCAUCAAAAUCAUGCCCGUUUGCUUUUGAUUGAGCGUCCCUGUUCUUCAGUGGCAGUGACUGACCGUGGGUCCCUGCUUCCCACAGAUGGGACACAGAGUCCUUGGCGCUCUCCGCUGCCCAAAGCCCGGGGCAGAGGACAUGCACGCCGUAGACAACUGCUUCUUCUUGGACUCAGGUUGGAUAACCUGAUUAAAUGACUAAACAUGCUCAUUUUUUGGUGUUUCCUAGGAACAUGAAAGAAGAAUAUGUGACAUGUGGCAAAAUGGAUAUUGGUAGACUGUUGAAAUUGACCUUAGUGAGGGCCGAUGUUACUUUGUGUUAAGUUCACCCAGCUAUGUCAGAGCAUGCCAAAAGAAGCAUAUUCCUUAUUGCUGCGAAAUCUGUAAAGCAAUUUGCAUGUACGGUAUGAUAAUAAAUCAUCGAAGAGCCCACCGAAA